CGGGAAUGAGUCCGCGUAUACGACCGUCUGGGUGUCUCUCCAAGACAUCAACGACAACCCGCCCUUGUUCUCACAAAACAAAUACGUGACCGAGUUGUAUGAGAGAGUGCCGAUUAACACUUAUGUUAUGCAGGUUUCUGCAAGUGAUGCUGACAGCAUCGGGCCAAACUCUGACAUCGUCUACCGCAUCAUUGGCGAAACGAGAAGGGCGUCUUCACCAUAGACCCGCCGAAAAGUGGAAUGAUCAAGACAAUCGCGAUCGUAGAUUACGAGGUGCAGGACUCGUACAGACUUGUUAUAGAGGCCAGAGACGAUGGGAAGACACUGUCCCUGUCGAGUACUUGCGUUGUGGAGAUCAACAUUAUUGACAUCAACGACUACCCGCCCUUGUUCUCACAGAACAAAUACGUGAAAAAGUUGUAUGAGGAAGUGCCGAUUUACACUUAUGUUUUGCAGGUUUCUGCAAGUGAUGCUGACAGAAUCGUGCCAAACUCUGACAUCGUCUACCACAUCUUUGGCGGAAACGAGAAGGGCGUCUUCACCAUAGACCCGCCGAAAAGUGGAAUGAUCAAGACAAUCGCGAUCGUAGAUUACGAGGUGCAGGACUCAUGCAGACUUGUUAUAGAGGCCAGAGACGAUGGGAAGACACUGUCUCUUUCGAGUACUUGCGUUGUGGAGAUCAUCAUUAUUGACAUCAACGACAACCCGCCCUUGUUCUCACAAAACAAAUACGUGAAAAAGUUGUAUGAGGAAGUGCCGAUUAACACUUAUGUCUUGCAGGUUUCUGCAAGUGAUGCUGACAGCAUCGGGCCAAACUCUGACAUUGUCUACCGCAUCGUUGGCGGAAACGAGACGGGCGUACUCACCAAAGACCCGCCGAAAAGUGGAAUGAUCAAGACAAUCGCGAUCGUAUAUUACGAGGUGCAGAACUCGUACAGACUUGUUAUAAAGGCCAGAGACAAUGGAACAGUGUCGCUGUCAAGUACUUGCGUUGUGGAGAUCAACAUUAUUGACAUCAACGACAACCCACCCUUGUUCUCACAGAACAAAUACGUGACCGAGAUGUAUGAGGAAGGGCCGAUUAACACUUAUGUUAUGAAGGUUUCUGCAAGUGAUGCUGACAGCAUCGGGCCAAACUCUGACAUCGUUUACCGCAUUAUUGGCUGAAACGAGAAGGGCGUCUUCACCAUAGACCCGUCAAAAAGAGGAAUGAUCAAGACAAUCGCGAUCGUAGAUUACGAGGUGCAAGACUCGUACAUACUUGUUAUAGAGGCUAGAUACAAUGGGACAGUGUCGCUGUCAAGUACUUGCGUUGUGGAGAUCAACAUAAUUGACAUCAACGACAACCCGCCCUUGUUCUCACAGAACAAAUACGUGACCGAGUUGUAUGAGGAAGUGCCGAUGAACACUUAUGUUAUGAAGGUUUCUGCAAGCGAUGCUGACAGCGUCGGGCCAAACUCUGAUAUCGUCUACCACAUCAUUGGCGGAAACGAGAAGGGCGUCUUCACCAUAGACCCGCCGAAAAGUGGAAUAAUCAAGACAAACUUGGUCGUAGAUUACGAGGUGCUUGACUCAUACAGACUUGUCAUAGAGGCCAGAGACAAUUGGAUGUCAAGUACUUGCGUUGUGGAGAUCAACAUUAUUGACAUUAAUGACAAUUAUCCAAGGUUCACAAAGACGUCACCUGUUUGAUAUCAGUGAAAGUACGUGAAUUGUGCACACAAUUUCGUAUCAUUUACUUAUUUACACCAUUAACAAUGUUGAUGAAAGUAAUCAGAAAAUGGGUAAUAAUUGAUUUUUUCAAUAGUAUGUUGUUUUUUAUGCUCUGGUGGGGAGAGCAUGUACUUGCUGCUUUGUCAAUCCGUCUAAUUUCUUAUUUUGACGGAGUUGCGUUUGGUGGAUCUGAAACGAAUUUUCCUUGUUAUCUAAAUUUCCUACU